CGCUUCAAUAGCUAUUACGAUGUUGUUAAAAACUGUGUUUUUUGAAAAAAUGUAUGUGUUAAACGUUAACCGUUAUAUUUUAGAAUCGUGUAAUCCACUUGUAUUUGUUUAUUAAAUGAGAUUGUUACUCUUACUUGUUUCAACCAACCAUAGUUAGAGCCUUAGAGAUAAGUCAAAUGAUUAUUUCUCACACAGAAAAAAUGAUAAAUGAACUACAAAAAUAUUCUUAUCUUGUUGAUCACACUUCUUCUUCUAUUAUAUAACAGCUCAAUACCGAUCAAUAAAGGUGGACCAAUGUAAACUACUAAACUAUUCCAAUGAGUUAAUAGUUAUUCAAAAUUAUUAUUAUUUUUUUUUUACUAAUAAACAAUAAUUUUAUAAAAGGUAAAUAAUUAUUAUUAGUACACCAGUUGGUUAGUAAUGGCUUUAGAUUUGAAUCAAAUACCAGCCUUACCAGCAAAAACAACAUUUGUUUUACACCUCAUAUUAAUUACUUGGGGUGUUCAAGGACAAUGGAGUCCAGAUUCUUAUAUUUUUUACAAUAUAACAUUCAUGGGCUGCGUUUUGUGGGCAAUGCAUCAAACAGAAAAUGAAAAACCAGCACAACUAGCUAUUUCUGUAAACCUGGCUACAGUAUGUUUAGAUAUUGUUACUAUUUACUGUUAUUUUCCCUCCUCAUUUUGGUUGUCGGAAAUAUUCAGUGUUAUUUGUGCCAUGGCAAAUUUGGUCCUGCGUUUUGUAACACUAUCAAUUCUUAGUCAAAUGUGUAUAGACACCAGUAAUGGAGUCUCUGAUGGCAUACCACCUCCUUUACAAAAUUAUAUUAGUAGAGGAACUGCUAACCCACAAUCAUACGAAGAUAUUGAUCAGCCUCCACAACAACAACAAGCUCCAAGCAAUGCCCCAUUUUUUACACCAUACCGUUAAAGACUAUAAAAUUAUUUUAAUACAAUUUAUAUUAUAUUAAUAUUGUUCUAACAUAAUGUUUGAACAAUACAGGAAAAAGUCUCAUUAUUGUGUCAUAAUUUAAAUUGUUGUUUUAGGUUAGUUAUUUUACAA